AUGGUCCCCCUAACUCAGAUGCCGCAGCCAUUUUCGCCGGUGCAAGCCGACCAGAUGUUCAGGUGGAACGGUGGCGUGGAUGGAAACGGCUUUGUGGAAACCACGUCGCCCUCCGUCAGCUCGUUCGGAAUGAUGACUCCAUCAAGUCCGUACGGGCAGCCGCUAGCGGCCCCGUCAACAGCUCUGGCGCGGCGACAGAACAGCCGCGCUCUCAUUCCUACCGGCGCUAGGCCCGCGUUCGAUCACGGCCCGGACAGCUGGAAUGGAUACAGCGAAGAUCCCGUCUAUUUGCACGCAAGCACACCCUUAGACGAGCACGACAACAUCGAGCGGCUUGAGGAGCUGGCUCAGCGGGCAAAAAGAGAGGCCCAGGCCAAGAGGAAGCAGAUACCCCCCUUCGUCCAGAAGCUCAGCAGUUUUCUGGAUGAGUCCAGAAACACCGAUCUGAUCCGCUGGUCCGACAAAGGGGAUUCCUUUAUCGUGCUUGAUGAGGAUGAGUUUGCCAAAACGCUGAUUCCCGAGCUAUUCAAACACAAUAACUACGCCUCGUUCGUUCGCCAGCUAAACAUGUAUGGCUUCCACAAACGUGUGGGUCUCUCCGACAACUCGAUGAAGGCCAGCGAGAGGAAGAACAAAAGCCCGAGCGAAUACUACAACCCCUAUUUCCGCCGCGGCCAUCCGAAUCUUUUGUGGCUAAUCAACAAGCCCAAGAGCGGAAAUAGCAAAAAAAAGGGGAAGAAGGACGAGGGCGACGUCGAAAGCGACGAAGACGGUGCCACCGAAGAAGCGUACAACGGGCAGAAUCUGCCAACGGCUCAGGUUGGCAGAGGGGGUCUUUCUAACGAACUUGGACCGCUCCCGAAAAAGGAUCUGAUACAGGUCAAGACUCAGAUCGAGAGGCUCCAGCAGCAGCAAAUUGCCAUUUCAAACAUGCUCACCAAGAUGCGGCAAGACCAGAACCAGCUCUACCAACAGGCCGUCAUGUUCCAAAGCAUGCAUGAGCGCCAUGAGAACUCGAUCAAUGCCAUCCUCAACUUCCUAGCCAACGUUUUCCGGAAAUCAUUGGAAGAGCAGGGUGGCGUCCAAAGCGUGCAGGACCUCUUGGCGAGUAUCAUACCCAACGCUCAGGGGCAUGGCCAGUCGCAAAUGUCUCCUGCUGGAGGAGUUGUUGACCUCGGCGGCUUCGUCAAGCAGCGGCCACAAAACGUGACAGCAGUGGCUACCCCAAAGCGUCAGCAGCGCCUCCUGCCCCCAAUACCGCAUCACCAAGCAAACAAGGCGAACCCCUUGUCUUCAUCAGCAGCGCUGCCGACUGCCCCGCAAGCGGCUCACCAAAUGCCGCAGGUUGGGACGAUCACCGAGCUCUUCGACACGUCCCCCGCCGAUACUACAUCGCCUUCCUACAUCAAGAACGAGCUUCAGAGCAAUCCCCAAGAAGGCAUGAUGAAGAUUAUCAACGACACAAACGCAGUCAAUUCUUCGGGACUCAACCUGACAGACGUUGCUGCCAAGACGUCUGCCAGUAUGAAUGACGAUCAGCGCUCGAAGAUGCUUAGCAUAAUGGCCGGCAACAAUUCCACAGCCCCUCCCAAUUCCAACGGCAUCUCUGUCAUCAGUCCAGCCGCCUCGGUGCCUGCGCCAAUUGCCCCGACCGUCCCAACCUCGGCCCCAUCGCUGUCCCCGGUCUUGUCUUCGAUUCCAGGGGUGCCACCGCUCCACGAACUGCAAGCCACACAAGCCGAGCUCGAGGCGCUGCAACGGCUCCAAAACGAACAGGCCGCCCAAAUCGACAACCUCACCAACCUGCUCGGGCCCCUUAGCCCGUCAGGUCGCAUCCCGGGUCUCGAUGAGCACGGCAACCCCAAUACUAGCUAUUUCGACAAUGUCGACUAUGAUCAAUUCAUCGAUACCAACGCUUUUUCUGAACCAAAUUACGACGCUGCCGGCUUUGACAGCGUCGGAGUGAACAACGCUGGGGACGGCAACAACGACUUCAAUUUUAGCCUGGACGGCAAUACAGCGGCUGAGCUUGUCCCCGGAGCUGGCGCUGGCGCUGGCUCCGGCAUUGGAGCCGGCCAGAACAGCAACGCCGGCAAUGCCAACGCGCCGUCGUAUGAGCCUGGGAAGGUGUUUGAGACUGCCUCUCAGCCCGGCAGUCCGAGCCCGGCGGGGACGGAGAUUUCUAGCAGCAGCGACCUCUUCAACAGCCCGGAACAACGGGGCACCAAGCGCCGGAGAAAGGGCUAA